GUAGAGUGCAUUACGUAACAAUGAUAAGCAUGGACACAACCUCUACAGUGAUAAGAUGGUAUAAUCAGUAGGUAAUUUGCCGAAAGAACCAAUAUAUGUCCAAUAUUGAGGUUGUUGUCGGGGUUAGUUUCAAGGUUAAGUAAAGGCUUAAAGGGUGUUUCCUGGUAGCUGCUGUUUCUACCAACUUCUUCUCAUAGUCAUUUCUUAUUUUUUGUUGUUUGGGUCUUAUGGGCAAAUGGGAACUAACGACUAAGAACUCCAUUAAGUCUGGUCUUUACUACUUUUACUAAAUUAUAAUCAAGGUAUUGAAUCGAAUUAUCGGACAACAGAGCCUGCCAUUAAUGGUUAAUAAUGAAGAAGAGAAAGUAUAUGGAAGAUAUUGAAGAAGAAGAGGAGGAAGAGAAGAUCAAUGCUUUUUAUAGUUUGGUUAGAAAUAUUCGAGAUGUCCACAAUCAAAUGGCGAUUGGAUCAAGCAAUUCCAAGGUGAAAGAGAAAGAAAAAGAAAUAAUGAAGUCGUCUUCUUGGACCCCAUGUUUCACAUGGGAAGAUUUUGCUGGAGAUGCGUUGAAUGGGGAUAAUCAAGCUAUCCGAGGUAGUGAAGAAUGUCGCUCAGAGAAUAUUGGCGGCGAUGCCCAUCAUACUCGUCAUUGUACUUCUGAUUUGAACAAACAGAAUGGUUAUUGUUUGGAAGAGAAAAGCGUCAGGCUUCCUACUUCUCCUCCUCCUAAAAAUGAAGAAAAAUCUAAAACAGAGAAAACUAAAGAUUUAGAUCUCAAUCUUUCACUUUGAUGCUUCUUUGUAUUGUCUUUGUCCAUCAAAGGUAAUUUAAUAUCUACACAAACGCAAUGAUUGAUCAAGAAAUUAAAGAAAAUUUAUAUAUCUUUAUAUUUUUUUUACUUUAAUUUUAUGAAAAUAUGUAUGUAUUUGCUUUA